CACUGCUCAGGGAGAAGAGGGCACGGCGACCAUGAAGGCAGCAGCAGGAGGAGGUGUGAGAGUUUGUGACCUUCAGAGUGAUCGGACUGAUUUCACUGUGUCUGCAGGUUAGCAUGUUCGCUAAACGACUCACCUGUGCAGGUACGACACUUCGUCUCAUUCUGUCAAACAGGCUGAACAUUUAAAGCUCUGCAGGCGUCUGACGGUGAUAUUUAGGUAAGUUGUGUUUGACGUGCCAUGGACCAAUCAUUGUCCGGUGGGCGGGGCCAUGUGAGCGUGCUCAGUUGUUUCCCGCCCUCUGUGGGCAGAGACGUUGCUGCUGCCGUGGUGAAGCCCCUGAGAGCCAGCCUGGGAAACCCCGAGACACACAGUCUGCUGCGCACAGACAGAGAGGUUAAGUGGACGAUGGAGGUGUUGUGUUAUGGUUUGACUCUCCCAUUGGAUGGAGACACUGUCAAACUCUGUGUUGACAUCUACACUGAUUGGCUGAUGGCCCUGGUUUCUGUGAGAGACUCCAUCCCACCACCAAUCAGCAGAGAGCCCAACCCGUAUGCCCAGAAGAUCCUCCGACACCUGUACAGCCUGUUCCUGCCCAGGUCAGACCAGAUGAGUCCGGUCUACCUGUCUCUCUGUCAGCAGGUGUUGUGUGCAGUUCGGACAUUGGCCAGAGAGAGCGCUGUGAUGAGCAGAGACACCUGGGAGACUCUGCUGCACUUCCUGCUUCGCAUCAACCAUGCCAUGCUGGCUCCGCCCACUGCUGCAGCAGGCGGUGUGUCCAACCUGUCGAUGGCGGUCCUCUUGGAGGUGUGGUUGCUGUCUUGCUCUCAGUGCUUCCCGUCGCGCUCGCUGUGGCAGAUGUGCAGACAGAUGUUGAGCAGCUGGAGACAUCAGCCUGCGGUGGUGGAGCACUGGAACCGAGCCGUCGCAGCUUUAACCUCCAGGUUGUUGCUGCUGACCUUUGGUUCGUCGUUCCCUCCGUUUAAAGUGGCAGAUGAAGACGCUGCUCUGAUCCCUGCAGACAUGGAGGACGACAGAGUCCCUCAGACCUGGUUCAGGUUCCUGCACAUGUUCAGUAACCCGGUGGACCUCGGCCGCCCGCUCGUUGCUGGUUCGGCUCCUCCCACUCAGGAGGAGGUGUUAAGAGGAGGAGACUCUCAGCUGCCAAUCAUCUUCUUCAGAGCCAUGAGAGGAGUUAGCAAACUGGUCGACGCCUUCCUGGGUGUGACAGUGGACGACAGAGAACCGACAGAGCUGCUGCUAAAUACUGGACUGACAGCCAGGAUCCACUUCAGAGACCGGCUUCCUUCUCUUGGUGUUGCUGUGACCAGGAGCCCCUUCAGAGACCGCCUCCCCUCCUACAGUGUCUCCCGGCCUCGUUCUGGCAGUGCCCCGCCCACUCCAGUGAACAUACUGAGCAUGCCCAGUGCCCCGCCCCCAACCACUUCCCCCCCUCCGCACAACAGACGACUAAAACCUGCGAAUGUUUCCAAGGCAACCAGCAAACCUCCUACGACGUCUCCCUCCUCCCCUCACUGCAAGUCCUCCUACCCUACUCCCCCCUCCCCUCCCCCUCUCUCAUACUGUCUCCGACCCUCCCCCUCCCCCCUCAGGUGUAACGUGGACUCCCUCCUGCACCUGUUUGGCUGCUGGUUGUUUGAUGCUGCUCUGAUCAACAAAGACUCUGCUGGUCACUGUGAUGUCACUGUGAUGUCAGAAAGAUGGGCAGGAGGUCGAGCCGAGGCAUGCGGGACGCUCUGCAGAAUCUUCACCUGUAAGAAGACAGCAGAGGACAUCCUGCCCGUCUACCUGUCCAGGUUUUACCUGGUUCUCCUGCAGGGUCUCCAGGUGUGCGAGGGGGCGUGUCCUCCUGUUCUGGCAUCCAUCCUGUUGAACUCCACCUGCCUGUUCUGCUGUGACCUGAGAGGAGUCAACCUGCUGCUCCCCACCUUCACCUCAGCGCUGGAGAGCGUGCUGCUGGACAGAGACCUGCUGAGGUUUAAGAGUUUCGUGAGUGUAGUGGAUUUGAGACGACCCUCCAUCCUCAUCCUGGCGUCCAUGCUGCCCCUCCCUCUGCAGUUUGGAUCCGUCCAAUCCGAGGGGUUGCUGAACAGGUGGUCGGGUGGUAAUGAUGUCAGUAGCUUCCUGUCUCUGAAGCCCCGCCUCAUUAGUGUUCUAGUUGGAGCUCUGCAGACGGAGAGCGACACCCACAACACACAGGUGAUCCUGGCCGCCAUGUUGAACCUGGUUCAGGACUCGGCUCUGGGACAAGGUGUGGGACAAAGUCAGCAGGAAACUGAGUCCCAGUGUGGUGGAGUCAGGAGACCCAGAUGGACCAGUGGAACCAGUGGAAACAGACAAACCAGAGGAACCAGUACCAUCCAGCUGGAUUCGGCAGGUGUCCUGUGGGUUCAGUUUGUGCGUCUGCUGACUCAGCGUCUGACGGCUCAGUGGAGGAAUGACUCAGCAGUUUGUCUGUCUGCACUGGAAGUACUGGGAGGACUGGCCAAGGUGGAGGUGAGGGUGGAGGAGUCGGAGAGGAGGCGGGCGGUCAGCUCUGUCUGCAGUUACAUCGUGUUCCAGUGCAGUCGUCCUCCUCAGCUUCACUCCAGAGAGCUGCACUCCAUCAUCGUCGCUGCCUUCCACUGUCUGAACGUCUGGUUAACUCACCACCCCGCCAUGUUUGACCACCAGGACUGCUUGCUGGAGGUCUUGGAGAUCGUGGAACUGGGGAUUUCGGGCAGUAAGUCCAGACUGGGACAGGAAGUGAGGUGUAAAGAGGAGAAGGAGCUGAACCCGGCCUCUCUGAGGGUGAGGGAGGCUGCUGAGGCCACGCUGAACUGUGUGAUGCAGGUCUCAGGAGCACUUCCAUUUGUUGGAGAUUUGUUGAACGAGGACGCUCUGAUUGGCCGGUCUGCUUCGAGCGGUGGCAGCGUGAAGAAGUUCCGGUACUUUGUGGUGGACAGCUCGGUGAUUCUGGCCAUUCUGGAGCAGCCGCCGGGACCUGAACAGGCGUCGUGUCCGUCGCUCACAGCGCUGAUCAGAGGACCAUCAGGACGUCACACCUGGACUCUACAGCUCCACCUGGAGCCCAGAGAGGGACGAACACAGGCACAGCAGACUCUGAUCCCAGAACGACGCGGCGUGGCCCAGGAGGAUUCUGGGAUACGGUGUGGUGUUAAACACAAGCUGUUUCCUGAGAACAUGGACAGAGUCCCUUCAGUUAAAGCAGAUCUGAGCAUCCCAGCUCUGAACAGGAUCGUUCCUGACGGGGUGCAGCAGCAGCUGGAGCGUCUGCGAGCAGUGUUGAAGAGACAGCAACAGGUUAAACAUCCCCCGCAGGUGAGCGGUCAUUUGGUUGUCAUGACAACCUGCAGGCCGCCGCCUCCAGUCACCAACUUCCAGACGGCAAGACUCUUCCUGUCCCACCUGGGCCUGCUGACACCUGAGACCCUGAAGGAUCCAGGUACCAGUGGUGUCCCGACUCAGCUGGUGUCUCUGGACUCAUCUGUUCCAGGUUUCUCAGCGGAUCUGAGACGUUUGGAUCAGCUGCCGUCCAGAAACUGUGACUCUGCCUUUGUCUUCUACAUGAGAGCAGGACAGAGAACAGCUGCUGAGAUCUUAAAGAAUGUGGAGUCCAGGUGCAGUGUCUCAUCUCACUUCCUGGACUUCCUGUCGUCUCUUGGUCGACCAAUGGAGGUGGGGCCACAACAGGGGGGUGGGACCAGCUCUAGAAGUCCAGAAUUCCCUGCUGUCGUGGGUGACAGUGGAGGGGGUGUGUUUAACGGAGAGAAGUUCGUCCUGACGUUCACCGAUGCUCUGACAGAGCUCACCUUCAUCGUCCCAUCAUCAUCAUCAUCCUCAUCAUCAUCACAAGCUGCUGAUUGGUUGAAGAGUCCAGAGGAGGCGGGGUCAAAGACUGAGUCACCAUCCCGCCUGCGGAGUCAUGUUGAGCUCAGCCAAGACUCCGCCCCUCAAUCCACAAGUUCUCCAGCUGACAACCUGAAGUCUUUUCCUUCCGUGUCCUCGUCCUUCGUCUCUGAGUCGAGGCUCCUGAUAGUUUGGGUCGAGCGCUUUGAGGACGCCGAGAGUUUCCUUGCGUGUGAUCUGCUGCCGGAGAAGACGACAGACACAGCGACGGGAGCACCAAACGUCCACCUGAUCUUCAUCCAUCCUCUGAGAACUGGACUCUACCGGAUCCGUUUCCAUGAAAACGCCACCAGCAAGUUCGGUUUGGUGGUUCCACUGGUCAAUGGGAGUGUGGUCAGCAAGAGGUCACUGGCUUUCCUGGUCAGAGAAACGGUCAUUAACUGUUGCCAUCGGCGACGGUUGGAGAGUGACUCCGCCCCUCUGCCUCAUGUCAGAAGGAAGCACCUGAUCAGUGACAUCAUCCUUCGCUACCGCCACUGCCACUCGGCGCCGUCCUUUUACUCUGCCCUGUUCCACGACCUCUGACCUCCUUACCAUCAGCAGUUACUGUCAUUGCUUUCAGGUGAAAAACGUCCUAAUGACACCUGAUGACAGGUGUUACUGAGUGAUGAUGUCACCUGCAGGUAUAAUAAACAGUGUGUACUGAAACCUCUGUGGUCUCUGUCUGAUUGGUCCUCUGGUGAGUGAUGUCAUCACGUUAUGACCGGAACAUUUAACGUUUAUACACCUGAACAGGCCAAUCAGAAUG